CUGUGAAUGGGGAUAAGGCAGCCGCGGCGCUGCUGCUGAAUGCAUGCUGUAGCAUACCCUUCCUCAGCGUAAUGCUGUGAUCCUGUGCUCCUGCAGCUGGUCCACACUGCACUGGCUUUCUCCCGGACAUAUCUUCCAAUACCUCGGUCUUACUGCUUCUCUUCAGGGUCCGGCCACUGGAUAGGCCUUGGUCCCUGUGGUUCCAGAUCCCCAGUUCAUACGACAUGUCCUGGCGCUGGCGGUACAGUUUGGUGUGACCUAAGACACUAGCGUACGAAGGGGGAGGUUUCUGAGUAAUCCGAAACACCCCCUCCUUCCCAACAGGUCGAUGCUUUUUAAACUAGCUGCCCGCGGCUACUUGCUCUAAGCCCCUCCCCUAGCGCAUAAUACCAUCAAGUAGCAGGUCUAUGGUGAGGGGGUGAGAGGCUAAUAUCUUCUUCUAUCACACUUCUAUCACACUCACAUAAUUUUGGCCCCUCCCCCCUUACAUAGACCCGCGAUUUGCGGCAUUUUCCAUGAGUGGGUGGAGCCUAAUUAAUGCAUUGCAGAGUGCCCAGCAGCAGCCCGAUCCUCAUCAGCCCCUGUGCUGCAGCGAAAUCUAAACUAUGGACUCUCGUAAAGUGCUGCCAGUUUUACUUCUUGCAUAUGGUAUCUGCAUGUUGGCUGAGGACACACAUGGGAGUUUCCUUCAUUUUUUCUCACACAGUGAUGCUUGUAAUAUGCAGAAGGGGGGACCAUGCAAGAAGUUCCUGCAACAAAGAUCAGAAGGUGGGGAUUUACGAGGUGCAGGAGGUAUGGAGGAAGAAAGCAUUAUAAAAUUAAAGGCUCCCGUGGAGAUUGAGCUCAGACUGGACUCACAGCAAAUGGAGAACUUUCAAAACAUUGUAGAAGACAUGUUUGGUGAUGGUGAAACCCAAAAGCUUUAAACAGAAUGCAGCUUUCCAUUCUACAUUUUGCUUACUUGGUUACCACUAUUUUCUUUAAAAUAAACGUAAUUGUCACUUUAUCUACAUUUAAAUGAAUAAACAUGCUUCUGUGAAA